AUGAAUUUACCAGAAAAUACCCGACAGAUAAGCAAAUCCCCUAUUGAGUUAAUUCCUGAUCACAUGCUCCAAGAUUUAGAAACAUACCAAAGUGAUAAUGAAGAAAACAUAAAUUUUGAUUUUCAUGUGGGUCAAAUGGAUGAAACUCCAAUUUAUUCCCUAGAAGACAACAAUAUUUUUGGACCACUCAUAGAGAUAACUUCUCUGACCGAUAAUCAGAGAUUAGUCGAACCUAAAUCUGAUAGCAUAAUUCCAAUCCAGGAAUGUUCAUGCAUGACAGCUUCAGAUCACGUUCUUGGUAAUUCCCAAAAUAAACAGCUCAAAGAGAACCUUGCAUCUCUUGAAUGUCAGCCCUCUAAGAAGAGAAAAAUAAAUAUAUCGAACGAUAACAAACAUAACGGAAAAGAAUUUAAGUCAUCAAGGACUUUUUUGUGCUCUAUUUGCAAGGAGCGUCAGCCUUUUGUUAUACAAAGAAUGGUAAAAUGUAAUGCAUGUAAAAAUUGGGUUUGCCUGAUAUGUAGCGGAACAACCUUUUUUGACUACGUUUGUUCGAUUUGUCUUGGGACUGAUGAAUAG